AUGCUGCAUGGGUGUACCGAGUGGAACAAUACAAGGACCGAACUGAAAGCAUUCUCUCGCUAGAAGUCUUCUUUUCCUUUCUUCUUCGAUGAGGAUGGAUUGUAAUUGGCAAGUGAGGCGAGCAAAGUCUGGAGAGGUUUUAUUUUAUGUAAACUCUGUCACAGGGGAGCAGCAAUGGCCUAAUUACAAACAGCAAGAAGAAAAUAGAAUGGUUGAUGACUCGGAAAUAACUGAUUACCUUUCCUACAAUGAUGGCAUGUGUAAAGCACAACUGCCUACAGUGUUACAUGUCUCUCCAUCCAGCCUUGUUGUACGUACUUCCACAAGCUCCCCCACAUUGAAUAACAUGCUUCAGUCAGCACCUAGUCCUGGAAGUGUCAAAAGUGAAGAUGAUGGUACUGAGCCUUCUAAGAGAGUGUAUGCUAUAUCUGACAUGUUACCUGUCGGAUCCAAGGGCAUGGACCAGCACUCCAUCACCAGCACCCAACCAGAUAAACAAAUAUUUAACUGUCCAGCUCCAGAGUGCAAGAAGACAUUCAAAACAAUAGGUGGAUUGGGUAGACAUUGUAGAAAGCUGAGUCACUCAGUAAAGUGUACUGAAUGUGGGGAAGGUUUUCUUAAUGAAAAUGAAUUUCAAAAUCACAAGAAGACACACCAAAAUUCCAGUUGCCAAAUUUCCCCACCGCCUGAAGACCCUUCAGCUCUUAAUUUAGUAGCUGACAAUGGUAGCAAAAGUUUAGAAAUCCAACGUUCUAGCCUUAAUCUCAGCCAUGCAAAUAACAAACGAGAGGCACACAAAUCUGUUGUUUCAAAGAAAGUGCCCCCGCAAUUAAAUUUAGAAGUGGACAGUUGUAACAAUAGCUUAGAGAGUGAUUAUGGUAACCUCAACCCCAGCAAGGAAAAGGACAAACCUCUUAAAAAUAAUGAAACCUUGGUGAAUCGCGACUGUACCAUUGAGAUGACAUCACAUAACCAUACCAACCUGAACAUUGGCAUUGCGUCCGAAAACAUAAGUAACCAUGCUUUGGACUUGUCCAGUCAUUCAAGUUGCAAUAUAGAUACUCUAGUAAAGGAUGUUGAUGGAACUGGCCUAAAGAAAACCAAGCUUGACGAUGUAGUCAACACAUGUGAUAUCUGCCAUAAGACAUUUGCUCAGGCAGGGUCUCUCACUAUCCACUAUCGGCGUCAUUCGAACGAGAAACACUUUAAAUGCAGCUAUUGUAACAAGAGGUUCGUUGAGUCGGGAGACAUGAGAAAGCACGAGCGGACUCAUACAGGAUAUAAACCCUACCAUUGUUCACUAUGUGAUAAGGCAUUCACAAUUUCUGGGAACCUUCAGAAACAUAUGCGUAUUCACUCUGGUGAGACCCCAUUCGAGUGUGAUCAAUGUGGGAAGAAGUUUAAACGCGCGCAUCAUCUGACUGUACACAGCCGAACCCAUAGCGGCGACAGACCUUACAAAUGUGAACAUUGUGAUAAGACAUUUGCGCGCACCACGUGUCUUACAGUGCACAUUCGUACUCACACGGGAGAAAAGCCUCACAAAUGCACACAAUGCGGGAAAAGCUUCACAAGCAAAAGUGACCUUACCAAACACUCGCGCGUCCAUUCUGGCCUUAAGCCCUUCAAGUGUAAGGAGUGUGCCAAGUGUUUCUCCCAGUACAGCCAUCUUACAGUUCAUACUCGUACUCACAGUGGCGAGAAGCCGUUCAAGUGUACAGACUGCGAUAAAACAUUUUCGCAUUCGCAGUAUCUCCGCCUGCACAGGCGCAUACAUACUGGGGAGAAACCAUACGAGUGCACCAUCUGCAAGAAGCGCUUCUCCAAGCAGGGGAACAUGAUCACGCAUGCGCGAAUCCAUUCGGACCAGAGGCCCUUUUCGUGCCCUGAGUGCGGCAGGGGGUUCAAGGACCCCAGUAGUCUGCGAAAGCACAAACUUCUUCACACUGGGAUACGGCCCUACCCGUGCGAGAUAUGCAAGAAGACAUUUAAGCGUGGAAGUCACCUUACAAAGCACCUGAACAAUGUGCACAACCUCGAUCCACAAGACCUUAAACUAGAUAAGCCGUCAGAUACGGCCAACAGGGAUGUUGAAAGGAAGGCUUUGAACUUAUUAAAAAAGUAGUCGGCGGACCUAGAGGAAGGGUUGAAACCUCCAACCUCCCUCUCUCUAGGGGGGGGGUUCACUUUUCGUUUUCGGGAAUUUAUCUGGUGUUAUUACUGUAACAUGGGCAAGUAGAUGCUUAUGAGAUGCGACGUAUAUUUGUUAACUUCUGAUUAACCUCCCUGAUUACCCCAUAUGAUACUGACAGCGAAUCGACACCAACUCCUUUUAAUUAUAUUUAUUAACAAUAAUGCUGUAUUUUGAUUAAACCCGUGAAAAAACA